AAACAUUAGCUGAAGCAUCAAAGCAAUUUUCAAUAUUUUUCUGGGAAAACCAAGCCAAAUAAUCAAACCCAGAACAUUAUGAAAAGAAUUUGCUUAAAGAGAAACCCAUGAAUGUGUCCCAAUCAAACAGAGUAAAAGUCAUGACUUUGCCGACCCUAUGGACGGAGGCUAGCUUCUCUCAAGUCAACACUGUAUGGGAAUAAAUGAAGCUUUUUUCACAAAAGUGAUUCCCAUCAAUCACGUAAGGAAUCCAAUACCUCUCCUGUAUAUUUACAGCUUGAUCUCACUCAGCCAAACAUUGACAUUCUUUGCUUAUUUCUACCCUUAUUCUCUUGUUCUAAUCUCGGUGGGUUAGUGCUCAAUCUCACUCAAACUCAAAUUGCAUAAGCUUUCAAUUUUCAACAUCAGAAUGACUAAUGUGGUGGAGCUGAAAGUUGGUUUACAUUGUGAUGAAUGCAUCAAGAAAAUCUUGAAGGCUGUCAAGAAAAUCCAAGAUAUUGAAACAUAUAAUGUGGAUAUUGAGCUCAACAAGGUCAUAGUGACUGGCAAUGUUACAACAGAGGAGGUCAUCAGAGUCAUCCAAAAGAUUGGCAAGACAGCAACCGCUUGGGACGGAGAUCAAACAAAUUCCUAGAUUUUUGAAAGCUGUAUGUUUCCUUAAAGAUAUCACACCAAAUUAAUGAUUAUGAGAAGUGGCCCUGGAGAUUUUCACCUUCACUUGAUCAGCAGGCAAGAACACACAAGCCAAUCAGACAACAUUAUGCUUCAAUAUCUAGAUACACAUAGUAGUAGUUUACUUCAAGAAUCUUUAAAUCUAUGUUGUCUACCAUGUCAAAAUAAUUGAUCAUCAAUCAAGCUCAAGCUUUCUUUUUUGAGUGA